AUGGAAGUCGUCGGAGGCGUUGCCGCAGUCACUGAGCUUCUAAGCUUGUCCAUCAGGCUGAGCCGGGCGGCGAAAAACCUGACGCAGUCCUUCCGCAACUCACCGAACGAAUUGCUCGAACUAUCGUCAAAGAUUGAUUUAUUAUUCUCGCGUCUACAUCAGUACGAAAAUCUGUAUUCAGAACUCUCGGCUGCUGAUUCGAGUGCCCUCCUCCUGGACGAACAUCACACUAUCUUUCUUGGCCAGCUCCAAUCCCAACUACUACGGCUUCAAAGCCUCAAGGCCGCAAAUGAGGCACAAUUGCAAGACACCCCGAAAGUUAAAGAUCGAUUGCUAUGGGCAACUCUCAACAAGACAAAAGCCGAUCGCGUGAUCAGGGAGAUCAAGGAAGCGGUAGCCGGCGUCGAUAACAUGCUCAACAUUCUAGGGUUGCCUGCAAUAGUACAAGCAUUCAAACGUGGUCUGUCCGAUGCCGUUUCUACGUUGUCUGCACACGGUGGCGAUCUUCUCUCAGCCGGCCCGGCCCUUGCUGGUCUCUUGCAUAACCGAGGCGGCCGUAAUCCUGGACAACUGCUCCGAUGGAAAGUCAAAUUUCUUCGAUCACUGGGCUUUUCUGACUGGAAUGCCAGCGAUUCUCGAGCCAACCCUUACCCAGUUAACUUGCUAUACAGCGCCUGCGAGUGCAAGAACCUGGAGGAAACAUUGUUUGCCUUGGAAGUGGCCGGAGUCGACCCUAACAUUGAGGGGUCUUUCAGGCGCACUGCGCUUGGAAAUGCAGGGGUGAUAGGAUGGGUCGAAGGCGCAUCUUUGUUGGUUCAGUGCGGUGCAGAAAUCAAUGGCGGCGUUGGGAGCUAUUUCGGUACACUGCUUGUGCGAAGUCUCAACCCCAGGACUCAAAUUAGUCAUUGGUUUCUACAGCAAGGUGCUGAUCCGCAGCUAACGGACUCUAAUGGCCUGAGUGCAUGGGCCAAGUUUAUGCGUUGCAGGUAUAUUGAUCAUUUGACUGGCCGUUAUGGUAGUCAAAUUGGGCCAUGGUCGUAUCCUUGGGUUGAGGGUGGAUUGGCCCAUCUGCUUAUGCAUGAUUCGGACCCCUUCGAGUUAUUCAUGGAGCAUGCCAGUGAUUAUCACCUCACAGUUGAUACGACGUAUCUACACUGGGAUGAACAAAUCCGAGCCGCCGAUGUGGCACAAAGGUUGAGUACCGGGAUACCAAUUGGAAGUAAUAUGAUAAGCCCAGGAGACUAUCAGGCGACCGGUCUCUCAGACGACCCAAAACUCUUGCGAAGAUUUACUUUCACUUGGUCUAAUUCAGGCGACUUCUACGGUAUGCUAAUCGAUCUGAAUCGAUCAUUUCCCAACCUCAUCACUAUAGCCAUCACCAGCAUUUUCUAUAUGAGUGCUUUGACACUGACGCAAUCUGACCUAGCUCGAUCAUUACAUAGCGAAAGUCUUGCUGAGGAUGACGAUGGCCAUGGCGAGGACGAUUAUGACGAAGAAGAAGAGGAAGAUGAUGAUGACGAUUACGUUGACGAGAGAGAGGAGCAAGGCGAUGAGGAAGGAAAGUAUUUCUUCAACGCAACCCGGUUCUUCCAGCACACCUCUACGGAAGAAGGCCGCGCACAACUCUCAAGUUUUCCGAUGGUUAGGGCUCUGUGCGAUGCACUGCAGUAUGCGGGAUACCGCGCGGAAAUGGACAACGACGGCGACAUCUGGUUCGAGGAUGAGGAUGGCGAACGAUACUUUGAUGCUUGGGAAUAUCUACCGCCCUUAGACGAGUGGAAUCACUACAAGUGGCUCACGGCUAACUGUCGGGUCUGUCAGCGCAUGGAGUGGCACGGAUUGGGUGAUGUUGUCAGAGAGGCUGAGGAGGGACGCCGACACCUACAUGAAUACCGUGAGAAACUAAAAGCAGUCAAAGGUAGAUAA